CUACUUGAAGUAUACCAAAGUCCCAGUCCCAAACUCCCCACUUCUAUUCUCUCCAUAUAUUUUCUCCAGCUUACAGCAUGGCUGAUGCAUUGUCCCAACAACAGAUCAACGAAUUCCGGGAAGCCUUCCGUCUCAUCGACAAAGAUUCCGAUGGGGUGAUUACUUUGGAAGAACUAGCAACAAUAAUUCAGUCUUUAAAUGUGCAUCCGACUAAAGAAGAGAUUCAAGAAAUGAUAAGAGAGGUUGAUGUUAAUGGAGAUGGGAGCAUAGAUUUUCAGGAGUUUUUGAAUGUCAUGGUCAGAAAGAUUAAGGAAAACGUAUCAGAAGAGCUCAAAGAAGCAUUCAAAGUAUUUGAUCGUGAUCAAGACGGAUUUAUCUCUGCCAAAGAGUUAAGAAAUGUGAUGAUGAAUUUGGGAGAAAGAUUGACAGAAGAGGAGGCUAAACAGAUGAUCAAAGAGGCAGAUGUAGAUGGAGUUGUUAGCUAUGAAGAAUUUGUGAGGAUGAUGAUCAUCAUUUCUUAUUGAUAUAUAUAUAUAUAUAAUAAUUAAU